AUGGCAGAACGCACCAUCGAAGUCGUCUAUAUUCCCAUCAAAGCAGGUGUCAAUCUCGAAGCUGGUGAGGCAAAAGAAGUAUGGAAUAACACCAUCGCGACCAUUGCAAAGCAACCCGGUCUCAACGCAUUCUAUUGGGGUUUCCAAGUCGAGCACCCUGAUGUUGUUCAAAUGGUCAUCGAAUGGGAAUCCAUCGCCGCCCACGAAGCCUUCAUGGCAACCCCAGAAUACAACCCCUUCCUUGAGAAGAUGCAGACUCACGUCCAAGCCGAAUCCCCAAUUCAAUACCACAUCCUCUUGCGCCCGGCCCGCAACCCAACCGACCCCUUCUCCAUGCCCGUCACCGAAUGCCUGCGCAUCUGGAUCCCGGCCUCGUACCCGUCCCCGACCUACGAAUCACAAUUCAUGGCGUUUGAAGACGCUGCCGCUGCGCUGCCCGGCAUGCAAGCCAAAGGGCUGGUGGCCGGGUGGCAGGUGGAGCCGGCGACGCAUGAGUCGCUGGGCGAGGGCGUGGUGGGUAAGUGCUUCACAUCGUUUAUGGGGUGGCCGAGUUUGGAGGCGCACGAGCAGUUUAGGAAUAUAGAUGGGUUUGAGCAGGUGGUUGGGACGAUGGCGGAGGGGAUGAAGGGCAUGGAUUUGGUGCAUGUUAGGUUUAUGAAGGUGAAAUAA